UGUUAGCUGCGUUAGCUCAGUGGAAUUAGCGGGGAGAUGAGAGUGUAGUUGUCGCGUUAAUUAUUGUUUUACUCAUAAUUAAAUAACCAUGUCUUCAGUGGAGUAUCUGAGAGAGUUUGUCAACGAGCGACUAACUGCUGCUGCUGAAGAAAUAUUCGGAGUUUUUAAAAGAACCAUCGUCGAGUACGAGGACGUGAUCGACCGUCAGCGCAAACUGUUGGAUGUCGUUUGGAAACCCGACAUAGAGCUUAUCAGGAUAGAGCUCCCACAGCAACAUGUCUGUAAGGAGAUGGAGGAGGAGGGUCUGGCUGAGCAGCAGCUCCGCAUUCAGGAGAUGAACUCCAGUGUGGACCAAGAGGAGCCAGAGCCUCCACUGAUUAAAGAGGAAGAGGAGGAAGUGUGCAGCAGUCAGGAGGGAGAGCAGCUUGUACUGAAGCAGGAGACUGAUGGUUUCAUGUUGAUUCCUCCUUAUGAGGAAAGUGACCACAGUGAACCAGAAACAAACAGUGACCACCAGCUCCUCUCUUACAGCUCUCAUGUCACUGAGAGCCAAGAUCAGGUUGGAGGCGAGCAGGAAGACUCGGGAUCAACUAGAAAUACAGAGCUUCAACCAAAUAAAAGACAUCAUGAAAGCAGUAUUCACAGGAGCAAUGAUAACAACUGUACCAUGUCAAAGAUCCACAGUACCACUCACAGAGGUAGAAAUUAUUUCAAAUGUGACACAUGUGAGAGAGUUUUCAAGUUUAGGUCCCAGCUGUAUGCACACAUGAGACAACACACAGGUGAGAAGCCGUUUUUGUGCAAAACAUGUGGGAAAGCUUUCAGACGUAACGGUGACUUGAAAGUCCAUGUGAGAAUCCACACAGGUGAGAAGCCGUACGUCUGCAGGACCUGCGGGAAAAGAUUCUGUGAGAUGUCCGCAUUGACGAGGCACAUGAAAACCCACACAGGUGAGAAGCCACAUACCUGUAAAACAUGCGGAAAAGCUUUCAGGCGUCGUGAUGACUUGAGGGUCCACUUGAGAACUCACUCGGAUGAGAGGCCGUAUACGUGCGAAACAUGCAGGAGAGAUUUCAGAUCUAGCAGUAACUUGAAAAGCCACAUGAGAAAGCGUGUAUGUGAGAAGCUGUCAGUGCAACACAGAGGUUCCAGUUGUGGUCACACCCAUCCAGGUGAGAAGGUGUGUCAUUGGAAAUGACAUGGAAGAAUUUUAAAGGUCCAGUGUCAAGGAUUUAGGGGGUAUACUGAAAAAAUGGAAUAUAAUAAGAUAAGUAGUGUAUAUUCACCUGAAAAUAAGGAUGUUCUUGUUUUCGUUACCUUAGAAUGGGACGUUUAUAUCGACAUAAGGAGCAAAACCUCGUUUAUGGAGACAGCCAUUUUGCACCGCCAUGUUUCUACAGUAGUCCAGUACAGACAAACUAAACACUGGCUCCAGGUAGGGCCAUUUGCAUCUUUUGCGUCAGCCACCGUAGUGAGAAGCCCAUCUGCAACAAACAUCGUCAGUAAAACACUGAUUUGCAACAUUAAACUGCUUUAUUCAGUGUUUUUACCGGUUUAAAUCACAGGGUCGGUU